GAGCUGGACCAGAUCCUGGAGGUCGCCCGUGAGGAGGCGCAGGCGAAGAAGUCCGGGGAUGACAGCGGCGCCGGCAAGAAGGUCACACAGCUGCGGUCGGACCUGGUGUCUCUGCAAAAGCGGCUGGAUGAGGUCGACGUUUCCACGGACUCCUUCUGGUUGGAGUUGAUGCUCUGGCACGAGCUGGGACGCACGGGCUCCCGCCCUGGCUUGGUGGAGAUCGACUCAAGGCUCAGCUACAACUCGGCCAAGUCCUGCUACCUGAACUGGGUGAAGAGUGGGAACCCGCUGCACUUCCUGCAUUCCGCGCCGCUUCAGUUUGGUGCCUUCGAGCCCUUGCGUUGGCAUCCCCAGCUGUCGGGCGCCUCCUUCUUCGGCUCUGAUUUUCUGGGCGACAUCCUCCGCGAGUUGGACCGGGACCUCGGCGUGGACGUGCGCCGGCGGCCGCUAUUGGUUAUCAGUGUGAUCGGUGUGCAAAGCAGCGGCAAGAGCACGCUGAUGAACUACCUCUUCGGCUGCUCCUUCGUCACGCACGCCGGACGCUGCACCAAAGGUUUGUACAUCUCCCUCUUGGAAUCGCGGCACGCCCUGGUGGUCAUCUUGGACACGGAGGGGCUGCUUUCCGUCGAAGCGCGUGAUGACGUCUUCGACAAGCAGGUUGCCUUGAUGACAAUGGCUUGCUCGGACCUGGUCAUCGUGAACAACCGCGGGGAGUUGGGCCGUCAUGUGGGCGACCUCUUCCAGGUUUGUCUGUUCGCGCUCUAUCACCUCAAGCUUGCCAAGAUCUCCCCGGCUAUCGGCUUCGUGUUGCAGUGCUUGAGCAUGGUGAACCAGCAGCAGCAGUACGAGUGGGUGGCCACAGUCAAGAGAUCAUUGGAAGAGUCUGUUCAGGAGCUGCAGCAGAAGGAGAAGCCGCAGUCCUUCAAGUUGCAAGACCUUGUCUUCUUAGACUCGGAGAGCAUCUUCGUCAUGCCCAGCGCCUUCAACGACGACGUGCAGUUUGGCCUCCAGGUGUCCCGCCCGACGAACCUCUACGCUUUGAAAGCGCUCCAGCUCCGGGAGAAGGUCUUCCACUGGAUCGCCAGGGCCAAAGCAUCGCAGAGGAGUCGGCUGGCAGAAGCCUACGACACCGAGCCGGGUGCUUCGGUCUCCUUCGCGUCGCUGUCGCAGUG